AUGUUUGAAAUUACAGUAUUGAUUGGAGCAGAUUACUAUUGGCAGUUUAUUGAAGACAAAAUCAUCCGCGGAGAUGGCCCUACUGCUGUUAAAUCGAAGCUAGGUUAUCUUUUAUCCGGUCCGUUAAAGGAGUCGGCUACACACUCACUGUCAGUACUAAACAUGCUUAUUUCGCAUAAGACCGAGGAGUUCGACAUCGCAUCAUUCUGGAACUUAGAAUCAAUGGGAAUAAAGUCUAAAGAAUUAGACCAAGAGAAUGAAGAUUACUUAAAAACGUAUCAGAACACUUGCAUUGAAUUUCAAGGCGGACAAUAUAUCGCAAAAUUACCAUGGAAACGAGAACAUGAUCAACUUCCGACAAAUUUUAGUAUUGCAAAACGAAGAACUGAAUCUGUAAUCAGAAGGCUAGACAGGGAACCAGGUAUGUUGAAAACGUAUGACGAUAUUAUAAAGAACCAAGAGCUUAAAGGUUUCAUUGAAAAAAUCGAGGAUGAAGAAUGUGACGACAAGACAGUGCAUUAUAUACCGCACCACCCAGUUAGGAAAUAUUCGUUGACCACACCAAUUCGCAUUGUUUACGAUUGUAGUUGUAGACAAUCUGAUCAGUACCCGAGCUUGAACGACUGUCUAAUGAAUACACCACCCGUUCUUAAUGACUUGACAAAACUAUUAUUGCGUUUCCGAUUAAACGCCAUCGCAAUUUCAACGGAUAUCGAAAAGGCAUUCUUACACGUAGGUUUACACGAACAUGACAGAGAUGCGAAAAGAUUUUUGUGGAUGUCUGAUGCAGAAAACAUAAACAGUAAAUUGGUGACAUAUCGUUUUAAGUCUGUUCUUUUUGGCGCUACAUGCUCCCCUUUUAUUCUGAGCGCAACACUACUCAAACAUGUGCAGACUCAAGGAAAGAAUAGUGACACAGCUAAAAUGAUUGAACAAGACAUUUAUGUUGAUAAUAUUAUAUCGAGCGUAAGUAACGAGAACAAAGCCGUACAGUAUUACAAAGAAGCUAGGGAAUUAAUGACAAAAGGUGGAUUUAAUCUCCGAUCGUGGACAUCAAACAGUCAGCUUUUACGGACAAUAGCAUGCGCUGAUAAAAUACUUGACAAGGACACCAAACCGAAAGUACUAGGAAUGCGUUGGGAUGUACAAAAAGACGAACUUUAUUUCGCACAACCUGAAAUUCACUUAACAGCGGAAACAUAUAUCACUAAACGAGAGAUAUUGAAGCAAUCAUCGAAAAUAUAUGACCCAUUAGGCCUCUUGAGUCCAAUCACAAUCAGAGCAAAAUUAUUUCUCCAAGAACUUUGGCGCGAAAACUACGAAUGGGAUGAGAUUUUACCUACAAAGUAA